AUGCAGUCCACCGAUUCUUUCGUCAUCCACGACGACAUCUCGCCCUCCUCUGACCUCGACGAGAUCGAUUCGCUGCCGUCAAUAUCUAGUAGUGUGCUCGACUCCGAAGACGACUCGGAUGCGCAGGAGGAAUGGGAGCGCAGCUUGGAGCAGAUCCAGCUCUUGCUGACCAUGGUCAUCGUGCCGUUCGCCGGAAAGUACCUGGGUCGCAAAUUUGCGUACUGGAGUUGGUCAAGAUAUAUGGAAUGGAUGCACAACGUCGAGGUGCGGUGGACAAACAAGGGCGCCUUCAAAGCUGCUGGGCCGAGAGCUGCGGAUAGAGCCACCACCGCCACGACGGAAGUCCAUGAAGGUAAAGAACGCUCCGGCACAAAAGCUGGCGAACAGAAACCACAUGAAGACAGUGCUCGCUUGGAUCUCGCGGCAGCGCUUCUGGUCGUCAGCGGAACCCCAGACGAUAUAGUCGCUUGGGUGAUCGCGACCGUCGAGAGCGCCGCAGUUGACGACACGCAGUUUGGCGGACAAGACAAUGCUGUCAAUGAAGGUGAAAAGCAAGGCAGCCCCGUCGAGAGCCAACAUGACCAGGGGAAUGGCGAUGCCGGUGAUGAACGAUGUAGCCAGGCCAUAGAGAGCAGCCAACCAGCAGAUGACAGCAACGAACAUUGUGAAGUUGAUCGCAGCCAUGGCAGACCCGGCACCGUUAAUGUUCAGGGCGAUGACAUUGCCGAUCAAUGCUGUGACGAGCAGGACCCAGAGGACCUGAACGCCUCGGAUGGCGACCUUGAAGAUUGA